GCGGCGGUUGCGAGCGGAGCCUGGGAGGUGGAGAAGGCUGUCGUUGCCUUGGCCGUCGCAUCCCCGAGGGAGUCGUGUCGGCGCCACCCCGGCCCCCGAGCCCGCAGAUUGCCCACCGAAGCUCGUGUGUGCACCCCCGAUUCCGCCAGCCACUCGCCCCUGGCCUCGCGGGCCGUGUCUCCGGCAUCAUGUGUGGUAUAUUUGCUUACUUAAACUACCAUGUUCCUCGAACGAGACGAGAAAUCUUGGAGACCCUAAUCAAAGGCCUUCAGAGACUGGAGUACAGAGGAUAUGAUUCUGCUGGUGUGGGAGUUGAUGGAGGCAAUGACAAAGAUUGGGAAGCCAAUGCCUGCAAAAUCCAGCUUAUUAAGAAGAAAGGAAAAGUUAAGGCACUGGAUGAAGAAGUUCACAAGCAACAAGAUAUGGAUUUGGAUAUAGAAUUUGAUGUACACCUUGGAAUAGCUCAUACCCGUUGGGCAACACAUGGAGAACCCAAUCCUGUCAAUAGCCACCCCCAGCGCUCUGAUAAAAAUAAUGAAUUUAUUGUUAUUCACAAUGGAAUCAUCACCAACUACAAAGACUUGAAAAAGUUUUUGGAAAGCAAAGGCUAUGACUUCGAAUCUGAAACAGAUACAGAGACAAUUGCCAAGCUCGUUAAGUAUAUGUAUGACAAUCAGGAAAGUCAAGAUACCAGCUUUACUACUUUGGUGGAGAGAGUUAUCCAACAAUUGGAAGGUGCUUUUGCACUCGUAUUUAAAAGUGUUCAUUUUCCUGGGCAAGCAGUUGGCACAAGGCGAGGUAGCCCUCUGUUGAUUGGUGUACGGAGUGAACAUAAACUUUCUACUGAUCACAUUCCUAUACUCUACAGAACAGGCAAAGACAAGAAAGGAAGCUGCAAUCUCUCUCGUGUGGACAGCACAACCUGCCUUUUCCCAGUGGAAGAAAAAGCAGUGGAGUAUUACUUUGCUUCUGAUGCAAGUGCUGUCAUAGAACACACCAAUCGCGUCAUCUUUCUAGAAGAUGAUGAUGUUGCAGCAGUAGUGGAUGGACGUCUUUCUAUCCAUCGAAUUAAACGAACUGCAGGAGAUCACCCCGGACGAGCUGUGCAAACACUCCAGAUGGAACUCCAGCAGAUCAUGAAGGGCAACUUCAGUUCAUUUAUGCAGAAGGAAAUAUUUGAGCAGCCAGAGUCUGUUGUGAACACAAUGAGAGGAAGAGUCAACUUUGAUGACUAUACUGUGAAUUUGGGUGGUUUGAAGGAUCACAUAAAGGAGAUCCAGAGAUGCCGGCGUUUGAUUCUUAUUGCUUGUGGCACAAGUUACCAUGCUGGUGUAGCAACACGUCAAGUUCUCGAGGAGCUGACUGAGUUGCCCGUGAUGGUGGAACUAGCAAGUGACUUCCUGGACAGAAACACACCAGUCUUUCGAGAUGAUGUUUGCUUUUUCCUUAGUCAAUCAGGUGAGACAGCAGAUACCUUGAUGGGUCUUCGGUACUGUAAGGAGAGAGGAGCUUUAACUGUGGGGAUCACAAACACAGUUGGCAGCUCUAUAUCACGGGAGACAGAUUGUGGAGUUCACAUUAAUGCUGGUCCUGAGGUUGGUGUGGCCAGUACAAAGGCUUAUACCAGCCAGUUUGUAUCCCUUGUGAUGUUCGCCCUUAUGAUGUGUGAUGAUCGGAUCUCCAUGCAAGAAAGACGCAAAGAGAUCAUGCUUGGAUUGAAACGGCUGCCUGAUUUGAUUAAGGAAGUACUGAGCAUGGAUGAUGAAAUUCAGAAACUAGCAACAGAACUUUAUCAUCAGAAGUCAGUUCUGAUAAUGGGACGAGGCUAUCAUUAUGCUACUUGUCUUGAAGGGGCACUGAAAAUCAAAGAAAUUACUUACAUGCACUCUGAAGGCAUCCUUGCUGGUGAACUGAAACAUGGCCCUCUGGCUUUGGUGGAUAAAUUGAUGCCUGUGAUCAUGAUCAUCAUGAGAGAUCACACUUACGCCAAGUGUCAGAAUGCUCUUCAGCAAGUGGUUGCUCGGCAGGGGCGGCCUGUGGUAAUUUGUGAUAAGGAGGAUACUGAGACCAUUAAAAACACAAAAAGAACGAUCAAGGUGCCCCACUCGGUGGACUGCUUGCAGGGCAUUCUCAGCGUGAUCCCUUUACAGUUGCUGGCUUUCCACCUUGCUGUGCUGAGAGGCUAUGAUGUUGAUUUCCCACGGAAUCUUGCCAAAUCUGUGACUGUAGAGUGAAGAAUAUCUGUACAAAAUGUACGAAACUGUACGAUUAAGCAACACAAGACACCUUUUGUAUUUAAAACCUUGAUUUAAAAUAUCACCCCUUAAAGCCUUUUUUAGUAAAUCCUUAUUUAUAUAUCAGUUAUAAUUAUUCCACUCAAUAUGUGAUUUUUGUGAAGUUACCUCUUAUAUUUUCCAGUAAUUUGUGGAGGACUUUGAAUGAUGGAAUCUAUUGGAAUCUGUAUCAGAAAGAUUUUAGCUAUUCUUUUCUUUAAAGAAUGCUGGGUGUUGCAUUUCUGGACCCUCCACUUCAAUGUGAGAAGACAGUAUAGUAUGUUUCUAAAAAUUUGUGCUUGUUUCACCAUGCUUCAUUCAGACCAGUGAAAGAGUAGUGCAUUUAAUUGGAGUAUCUAAAGCCGGUGGCAUUGUAUGCUCAUAGUUGGACAGUUAGGGAAGGUUUUGCCAAGUUAUAUAAAGAGAAGCUGUGAUUUAGUUUGAAAUUUUUUCUGUUUUGUUUUUAAAUCAAACUGUAAAACUUAAAACUGAAAAAUUUUCUUGGUAGGAUUUAUAUCUAAGUUUGGUUAGCCUUAGUUUCUCAAACUUGUUGUCUGUUACCUGUAGGUGGAAGAAAUUUAGGAAGCAAAAUAUUAUAGUAGUGCAUUGGUGGGUCUCCAAUCCUUAACAUAUUUGCACAAUUUUGUAGCACAAAAUUUAAAUUUGAGCUGCUUUCGACAACUGAUAAUAUGAUUUUAAAUUUGAAGAUGGGAUGUGUACAUGUUGGGUAUCUUACUUCUUUGUGUUUUCAUCUCCUAAAAAUGGUUUUUAUUUCCUUGUAUCUGUAGUCUUUUAUUUUUUAAAUGACUGCUAAAUGACAUAUUUUAUCUUGUUCUUUAAAAUCACAACACAGAGCUGCUAUUAAAUUAAUAUUGAUAUA